UGUCUGCGGCGUCUUUGGCGUACGUCCAUACACGGCGACCCCACGACGCUCGCAGAACACAGCCCCCGCGAAACUCGUGACCAGACUGUUGUCGCCGUCCUCCUCGCCGUUUUCAGUGGUAGACGCGCACCCGCUCGCAGUCGUCACAGUUUACGCCGACGACAGUCGUGCAUGCGCGCACGUUGCCGCCGCGGUCUCGUCGCACGUGCUUUUUUUCUCCGAUCAAACCGCAGGGACUGUGAUAAUAAUAAAAAUAAUCGUAUUGAUAUAGCCGUUACCGUUCCAGAACCUGAUCGCCGCCAAGAUGUUGUACCAAGAAGUGAACUCCGGAGAAAUAAUGGAUUUAGACGAGAUCUUAAGCAACUUUGGAUUGGGCUCAUACCAAGUAACCGUCUGUGCUCUGAUGGGACUCGUGCUUAUGUACUCAAACAUAUCACCGCUUAGUUAUGCUAUUACAGCUAGUGACCUUAAAUACAGAUGCGAAAUCCCGCAGUGUGAUGAUAUUGAAAAUCCAAUAUACGAUCCGGUUUGGUUAAAUCGCGUGGUACCUUUUAAUGAAAAGACCAUAGAGCCAUACAAAUGUCUAAAAUACCACUACCAGCCGACUAUAAACGGGACAGACACCUCUGCUAAUGGCACUUGUAAUUUCAAAGCAUUCGAUGAAAAUUCCAAAGAGAGGUGCAACAAAUGGGUAUUUGGUGAAACAGAAAGAACGAUAGUGAACGAUUUUGGUAUUAUGUGCGAGGAAAACAAAUGGAAACUCAGUAUGGUGGGAACCAUCAACAGCAUUGGUCAGUUUGUUGGAAUUCCUUUAGCAGGAUUUAUUUCAGACAAGUAUGGACGCAAGUUUAUCUUAAUUAUAGGAUCAGUUUCAUCGGCCAUACUCGGCACAGCCCGGUCUUUCACUACCGAUUACUACUCAUUCCUCCUUUUCGAACUUUUGGAUUCCAUGGCUUCCAGUGGAGUGUAUGCAGCCACAUUUGUAUUAGGUCUAGAAUUAGUCAGUCCAAAAUCACGGGUUACCGUCAGUACUCUGAUGGGCUGUUUCUAUCCCAUGGGUGCGGUUAUCAUGGGCUUCGCGGCUUACAUGAUUCUCGAUUGGCGGAUAAUGCUUAGGGUACUUUACUUGCCCGGACUUCUUAUAUUAGGAUAUGCUUGGUAUGUGCCAGAAUCUAUGCGAUGGCUUCAAACUCAAAACCGAAUCGAAGAAAUGGCUAACGUACUGUCCAAAGUUGCUAAAUCUAAUGGAAAAACACUACCAUCUAGCGUUAAAGAAGCACUGAUCGCUAACACCAAAGCCAAUUCCGACGCAACAAACUCGCCCGACGAAAGCCAAUUAUCUUGUACUAAAUUAAUGAGUAAAAUAUUUAGUUCAAAGGAGAUUUUCCUGCGACUGGUCAACUGUUCAUUUUGCUGGACAACGAUUACGUUAGUUUAUUACGGCCUUUCAUUAACUUCUGUGGAGUUCUCCGGUAACAAAUACUUGAACUUUAUGCUUGUAAACAUUGUAGAAGUACCAGCGUUUUUGACAUCAUGGUACUUCAUGGAACACUAUUCCAGACGAAAUACUCAAGCGUUUUCAUUCCUCUUCAGUGGCAUCGGGUGUAUUAUGGUCAACUUAAUACCUACACAUUAUUUGUGGGUGAAACUGACAUUGUUCUUGAGCAGCAAGUACGCCAUCACCAUGGCAUUUAACACCAUGUAUGUGUUCACCGCAGAGAUGUUCCCCACCGAACUUCGUAUGUCACUAUUUGGUAUAGCUUCCAUGUUUGGUCGAAUGGGUUCUAUGUUCGCUCCACAGAUGACGCUAUUGAGUGCAUAUUUUGGACCAUACAUACCAAUCUUGUUGUUCGGAAUCAUAUCGUUUAUGGCGGGAGCGUUAGCUUUCUUGUUCCCUGAAACAAAAGAUCAAAAAUUACCUGACACAGUAAAACAAGCUGAAUUCGUUGGAGAGGUCUAAAAAGGUUCUAAAUUGUUCGAAAUUCAACGAGAAUACACCACGAGAAAACACAUGUAUUGCAGUCGUGCCUUAUGAAAUUUGUACAUUAGUUUUAUUUUUAAUAAUGAUUCCAUGUGUCUCAUAACGUACUAUAAUUUAUUUUUUUAAUCAUCUAACACUAAGCAAUAGUAUUUUAUAAUCAUUAAGAGAAGGAAACAAGUUUCUAUAAUCAUUAAGUCCACAUCAUUCAUGUGUAAUAACUCCACUAACUGUGCAUGUAUGUAUUCAUAAUAUAUAUAUAUAUAUACAUUACACAAUCUGGAUCAUUUUUAAUGUAUAUACAAUAAAUAUAUUACAUAAUAUUAUGUAAUGGUAAAUAAUAUCUCAACAAAUUCCAUUUCCUCACCCUUUUUUUCGGGUGUUCUUUU